AUUGAAAUUUAAAACAAUAGUAAAAAGUUUGUGAAUGUGAAUUAUUGAAAUAUUAUUUUGGAAUCACAAUUUACAAAUUACUCAAACCUACCUACUGACUACUGUAGUAGUGUUGUCCAUGUUUUAAACAAUUUAGUAUUUACUAUAUUGUUCAGUUGAAUAAGUAAAACAUUUUAUCUUAAACUGAUGAAAUUAUGGAAAAUUCAGAAAAUCAAUCUAUCAAAGUCGGAUUGUUAGAAGAGGAAGCUCGAAAACGUAAGGAACGAUUGGCAAAUUUGAAGAAAUCUUUAGAAAAUAAAAAUGAACCAAAAAACAACGAGGACAGCGUGGAGAAACCAUUACCAAAGCCAAGGUUUAAAAGUUAUAUUCCAGAAGAUGAAGGGCUUAAGGCUGAACUUAUACCUACCCCUCAACCAGGUGACAUUGUUGCUGAAGUUGAGGAUCAAUUAAAAGCUGGAGAAACCGUUUUUACUGUUCAGGAAUUGGAUUUAAACACAUUAGCACCUAGAAAGCCAGAUUGGGAUUUGAAAAGAGACAUAGAAAAAAGGAUGACCAAACUUGAAAGGCGGACACAAAGAGCAAUUGCUGAAUUAAUACGUGAUCGAUUAAAAGGAGAACAAAAUAUAGAUUUGGCAAUGGCAGUAAAUGAAGGCGCCAGAGCAAAUGCUCAAAUUGACAAUGAUGAAGAGUAGUGCUCUCUUAUUUUUUUAUUUAAUUAUUUAAUAUAAUACUGAAAUUAAUUAAUAAAGUCAAUAUAAUUUA